AUGGGUCCAAAACAAGAUGAUGCCUUUACGAAGAUUUCAUUUUUUAACCCCCCCGUAUUGGAAGAAUGGCUUCUUCAUUCCCUGUGCACAAAAUGGGGGACUCCCCAGGGGGAUAAUAACCUCGCGAGGGUUUCAAAAUUCUUCAUUGAAUUUCCCCCCUCGAGAAAGCCAACCAAGCAAAAUACACCUCUCAAUACAGAAAAAAACAAUAUGGUUCGGUAUGACUGCCCCAGAGGAGAGGAACAACAUACAAAUAUUACAAACAGCCUGUGCAUAUUUAAGCGUUUUAAAAUGGUGAAAACGAGUUCCUACAGAAGGAAAAGUAGGAGCUCUCCUAAUGGACAAGGGCAAAAAGCAAAAAUUGGAAUAAAACGGCUAAGUGCUGAGUAUGUAAAAACGGGACAGCUUCUCGUAAAGCAAAGAAAAAUUAUUGCUUUCGGUUACGAAAAAAAAACACGCAGACGCAAUUUUAAGUACUACCCUGGGGAACAUGUGAAGGUUACAAAAAAUACAAGUUUAGUGGCCCUCACAAAUGGUAGAGUGAAAUACACGUUCCACUCCGUCCACAACGUCCUCAUCGUGAAUGUACUUCCAGAAGAGUUGAACGAAUUGAGGGAAGAAGACUUGUAUAGGUACAGAACGGAGCAUGUGAAAUCUUUUGAGGAGAAUAGGAGUCUCGUUUAUCUUCGAAUGAAACAUGCGAUCAGCUUCCCUCCAAGUAAACAGACUCAAUUUAGGAAGCCACCUCUGCGCCCACAGUUUCUAGCUAAGUAUGAUAUUGAAGACAAUCCCACGUUGAGGGAGGUCCCCGUGCUGUAUCACAAGCCACAGUGA